UAAUUUUUAAGUUAAUAUUUAAAAAUAAAAAUUUUCAGAUAAAAUAGUUUUCAUCAAAUAAUAAUUUAAAGAUGAUAAUAAUGAUGAUAAUUUAACUAAAGAUGAUCUAACUUAUAUAUGUUAAUAACUGAAAUAUGUAUGAAAUAGAAAAUUUUCUUAAGAUUAAAAAAAAGUGUUUUCCAAAUUUUUUCUUAGUAAAAAUAAAAUAAAUUUUAUACACAUUAUUAAAAUUGAGAAUUUUCAAUUAGCCUUUGUAACUUGAAAUGUUAAGCUGAAAAUUUUAGGUACAUACGACGGAUACAUAAUUGCAUAUAUUUUCCUUAUUAAUAUUUUCCUAGUAUUAAAAAUUAAUAAUUUCUAAUUAUAGAUUUUUGAUGUUAAUAACUUAAUUGUUAAUAACAAUUUAAAAUUCUCAAGUAAAGAUUUACGCAUGCGUUUUUACAUGCUUAUCUGUAUUACAUAGUGACUGUUGUGUUAAAGGAAGUAAGUAAACUAUACAAAUAAAAUGUAAAUUAUGUAAAGAAAAAAAAAUUGCAAAAAUAUACGAAAAGCUCUGUCAGAAUGUAUUCCACAAAAACACCCACUUUAAGAAUCGACGAGGCUGAUCUCAAAUGCAAAAAUGGUUGUGGAUUUUAUGGAAACGCAGAAUGGGAAGGUUAUUGCAGCAAAUGUUAUCGAGAAUAUUUACAAAAACAGAGAUCGCAGACAGAAUGCAAUGUUUAUGGACAGGGAUACGAUUUAGCUUCUUCCAAUAAAAAUGCAAUUAGUGCACAUCAAAAAUAUGAGGAGAAGAAAGUACAACAAGAAAAAAAGUAUAAGUUAUUAAAUAUAUCUUUUCGCAAGCCAGUUGCAAAAGUACAGGGGUACCAAGAAUUGCUUUAUGAAUUAACAAAAGAUAAUCCUGACCUUGAGAAAGUAAAAGCAGACAAUCGUGAUCUAAUAACUAUGAUCGCUAAAACACCAGUUGAAAGAGAUGUUAGAAAGUGUAUGCAUUCAUUUAUUAUUGAGAUACUUCAGAAUAAAGAUGUGAAAAGAAUAGAAGAGCUUUCGGAGAUUACACAAAAUUUUUAUCAAGUAUUUGCAAAGCGUUUAGAAAAUAGUGCUAAAUAUGCAGAUAUAACACCAGAAAUCAAAGAAAAAUUAUUGGAUUAUGUAGAAAGAUAUGCGAUGACUCUGCUCUACAGGAUUCUUUUUUGUCCACCAUUUACAAAUGAUGAAGAAAAAGAUUUAGCAAUACAAAAAAGAUUUAUUAAAUAUGGAUUCUGCUAAAGCUCCACAAGAAAAACUUUCAUGUGUUAUUUAUUGUUGUCGAAACAUAUUUCUAAUGUUACAACAAUCUGUUGGUGGACCUGCAUCUGCAGAUGAAUUUCUUCCUGCCUUAAUUUUUAUUGUUCUAAAAGCUAACCCUGCUCGUCUUAAAAGUAACAUCAAUUUUAUUACUAGGUUCUGUAAUGCAAGUAGAUUAAUGACAGGGGAAGGUGGAUAUUAUUUCACAAAUUUGUGCUGUGCCGUAUCUUUUAUUGAAAAUUUGACAGCUGAAUCAUUAAAUAUGGAUGAGAAAGAUUUUAAUGCUUAUAUGUCUGGAGAACGCGUACCUGCUAAUACAUGGGAAUCUGCUUUAAUGAUAUGUGAAAGUCUGCACCUAAUGUGUGAAGAUAUAACACUUCUUGACGAAAUGAAAGCCAAAACUACAGAAAUAAUGACAGAGGCAUUAAAUUUAAAAGAGAAGAUGUUACAAUUUCAAGAAGAAAUGAAAUCAGAAGUAAAUACGGUUUUAGACAGAACUCCACUGUUAAUUACACAUAGCCAAAGAUUGCCUACUAAUUUAGAUUGUGAAGAUAUUGAAAGUUAUCAAUUACCACCUCCAAUUAUUCCACAAGUUUGUCCUAGCACAAUUAAUAAUUCAACACCACAAAACGAUAUGAGGUCCUCUUUAAUAGAAGAUUGCAUUACACCAUCUCCUACUUUUGAUUUUCCAUCUUUCAUUGGCGAUGAUAGUUUUGAUGUAAGCAAAGCAGAAGAUGAAACGAGUCUUAUAAGUUUAGAUACACAAAGUGAUUUUGAUACACAACAGGAAAAAUCGACAAAUGAAUUACUAGUGUCUACUCAUUUGAAUUUGCCAUGUUCUACAGAAUCAGAGCAAGAAGAUUAUCAUGGAUUCACUGUACAAGGUUCAAAUAUACCUACAAUUCCUUGUAGUACUGGAGAUUUAUUUUCAAAUUCCACAGAAAUGGACUGUGAAAAUUAUACAAAUUAUUUUCAUAAUACAUAGAAAAAUAUUUUAUUUUAAUCGAAAUUUUUAAAAAAAUGUUGCUUAAUUAACAGAAUAGAUUAUGCAAUAUUAUACUAUUGAAAUUUUAUAUGCAAUAUCUACUAGGUGAUUUUUAUCAGAGUUACUUGAAUGUUUUCAAAAAAUAUAAGAUCUUGUAAAACCGCAUGAUUUUGAACAAAAUAGAAUAUUUCGUUAUGAAUAAAGAAUAGAAUAUAUUAGUAUAUACCAAAACUAUAUCUGCACUUGUGUUACCAGUUUGGCAAAAUGUUUGGUAUUAAGAUAGGUACUCACUAUAUUCAUACUUGUAUUCUUAAAAAUUGAAUUCCUUCUAUAUACUUCUAUAUGUAUGAGUUGAUUAUUUAUCUCUAUAAAACAAUAUAAAAAUAUAAACUACUAUAGAUAAUUAUUUGCUAGAUACAAUUAAAUCAAUGUAUAAAAUUAUUAUAUUUUGUUUAUUUUAUUAGAAACUAAAUUUGUUUUAAAUAAAAUUCUUUUUAUGAAAAUAUAAAAAUAAUGCAUGAUUGAUUUUUUUAAUUUAAUAAUUAAAAUUUGUAAUUUUUAAAAAGUUUUUAAAAACUGAAAGUGAUAAAGUAUUCCUGUUUUAAAAUUUAUGCACAAUCUUAUAAAAAUCACUUACAAUUAGUAGAUAUUGCAUACUAGAGCAAAAGCUUUAAUUUAUUGGAUAGUAUUAUUAGACAACAUAUUAAUAUAUAUUACAUAUACAAUGUAAAUUAUUUAAAUUAUU